GGGGCUUUGGGGACGUCAUUCAACAGAUCGGAUCUCGCCGUGUCGACUAUAAGGUUCGAUUGGCCCCUCAAAAUCAGAUGUGGUAGGACCAAACAUGUCCGUUGCUGCCAUAAGAAUGGGUCCCGCCUUCUCUCACAUACCCGCCGAGUCGACUGAGAGGUCUCGGGCCAAUGACCCCAAUACAUCGCUCGUUCCAUCUCUUUUCGAUUUGUCUGGCUCCGCUAGACGUGCUCCUUACCCUUCAACACAUACCCCAGAUACCCAGCUCAGACCCGAUCAAAUUCUAAAACGUAACAAAAGCAUCGUCCACCAGUAUCUCGAAUGGUGGAACUCCCAAGACGACAACGACGACGUCCUCCUCGAUGUCAUCCACCCGUCCCACCACUUCCACCACGCCAACUUCUCUGAGGUCGAGGCCGGCAUCGGCCCAAACUAUGUCAAACACAUCCGAGAUUACUACCACUCCCACUACCAGGAAGCCCGAAUAACAUCAACCUCAACCCUCGCCGAGAACGAUCUCGUGAUGGUGAUAUCAGCAUUAAAAGGAACCCAACACUCAACAGCCGAAGACGGACGCUCGAUCGAACGACAAAUUACCUUACGACUCGCGCACCGGUAUCGACUCCGGGAUGGGUUCAUUAUCGAGAGUGAAUUUUUGGCGGAUUGGUUCGAGUUCUUCAAGACGCCAGGAUGCGAAGCUUUAUGCGACGAUUUGGCCGGCGGCGGGGACGGUGAGAAAUGAGGAGGUGGAGUUUACGCCGCCGAGGGCGGAGGAGAGUGAGAGUGAGAGUGAGAGUGAGAAAGAGGGGCAGAAGACGCCGACGCCUGAAAGAAAUGGUGGUGAAGGAGUAGGAGGAAGAGAUGGCGCGCAGCCGACGAGGAAAAGUAUCAGUUUGCAGG